AUCCAGGCCCCCAUGAUGUCUAAAAGUUGACCAAAAUACUAGAUAUUUCCUUAUCAACCCUUCUUUUCCCACCUCCAAGGCUCCAACCUCCUUAUCUCUCUCUUCAACCUCUCGCCAAGAACAAACAUAAUCACCAACAGCCUGUCCUGAUGUUUCUCCUGCUGCCCUGCAUCUUCCUGUUCUUCCGAUCCAUUUCCGCUGUUGAUUUCGCCUUCAAUGGCUUCAACUCCUCCGAUAUGUUACUUUAUGGAUUCGCCACCGUUGAAUCUCGUGUUCUAACACUCACUAAUAGAACGACUUUCACAAUUGGUCGUGCCCUUUACCCGAAAAAGAUUCCAGCAAAAAAGCCCAACUCUUCUUAUGUGUAUCCUUUUUCGACUUCUUUCAUCUUCUCCAUGGCUCCUUACAAGAAUACUCUUCCUGGGCAUGGCAUAGUUUUCCUUUUUGUGCCCUUUACUGGCAUCACAGGCGCGAGCUCAGCUCAACAUCUUGGCCUUUUCAACUUCACCAACAAUGGGAAUUCCAAGAAUAUUUUUGGAGUCGAAUUUGAUGUGUUUAAGAACCAAGAAUUCGACGACAUAAGCGCCAAUCAUGUUGGGAUCGAUGUGAACUCCCUCAAAUCGAUCCAAGCACAUGAUGCCGGGUACUGGCCCGACAACCGAAGAGGCAACAACGUCAGCGAUAUUGAUGAUGCGAAGUCCUUCAAGGAAUUGAAGCUGAACAAUGGUGAAAAUUACCAAGUUUGGAUUGACUAUUCUGAUUCUUUGAUUAAUGUUACCAUGGCUCCUGCAGGCAUGAAAAGACCCCUGAGGCCUUUGUUGAAUGUUUCUCUUAAUCUUUCUGAGGUGUUCGAGGACGAAAUGUAUGUUGGCUUUACUAGUGCUACCGGAGCGUUAAUGGAAAGUCACAAGAUUUUGGCGUGGAGCUUUAGUAAUUCGAACUUUUCAUUAAGCGAAAAGUUGGUCACGACAGGUUUGCCAUCGUUUGUUCUUCCAAAGGGGCCGAUAUCUCGUUCUAAAGGGUUUAUUGCAGGAAUGACGGUGGGAGGUUUCAUAGUUAUUUUACUUUGUGCCCUGUUUACUGUGUCUUGUAUCAAGAGGCAGCGAAGGAAAGCUAGAGAGAGAGCGGAAAUGGAAGAAUGGGAAUUGGAGUAUUGGCCCCACAGAAUUGCAUACCAAGAAAUCGAGACGGCAACAGAAGGGUUCGCAGAAGAAAGUGUGAUCGGAACCGGAGGGAAUGGGAAGGUCUACAAGGGGGUUUUGGUAGGAGGGGCGGAGAUUGCGGUGAAAUGCAUUUCACAUGAAAAUGAUGGGAUGAGAGAAUUCUUGGCUGAAAUUUCAAGCCUUGGAAGAUUGAAGCACAGAAGUUUGGUGGGGUUGAGAGGCUGGUGCAAGAGAGAGAAGGGAAGCUUCUUGUUGAUCUAUGACUACAUGGAAAAUGGAAGCUUGGACAAGUGGGUAUUCGAAUGCGACGAGAACAAGAUGUUGAGCUGCGAAGACAGGAUAAGGAUUUUAAAAGAUGUGGCUUCAGCAGUCUUGUACUUGCACGAGGGGUGGGAAUCCAAAGUCCUGCAUCGAGACAUAAAGGCCAGCAACGUGUUGCUUGACAAGGACAUGAAUGGAAGGUUAGGGGAUUUUGGACUAGCCCGGAUGCACGGCCAUGGUCAAGUGCCUACCACAACAAGAGUGGUCGGGACGGUCGGAUACUUGGCGCCGGAGGUGAUAAAGAGUGGGCGGGCAUCUGCUCAAACUGAUGUGUUCGGAUUUGGGGCCUUGAUCUUGGAAGUCAUGUGUGGGAGGAGGCCUAUAGAGGAGGGAAAGCCACCUUUGGUAGAUUGGGCGUGGCAAUUGAUGGUACAAGGGCAGCUAUUGAAUGUCCUUGAUGAAAGGUUGAGGGCUAUAGGCGGGUUUGAGGAGCAGGAAGUUGACAGGGUGCUGCACUUGGGGUUGUUGUGUGUAUAUCCUGACCCAAGUUCCCGGCCAACCAUGAGACAAGUGGUGAAAGUUUUGGAGGGGAAUAAUGAGGUGGACGAGCUUGGAAGUGAAGAUAUGGAUGCAUAUUUGCGACAAAGAUUGAAAUCCCAGGGUAGGUGGUCCGAGUUUUCUAUGCAUUUUGGCUCCUCAUCUCACCCAACAUUUGAAGAUAUUCGACAGUCUUCAUUGAUGUCUCUGUCUUGGUCCAAUACUGUAGAGGGCAGGAAAAAAUGAAUGGGGAUUUACUGGCAAACUUGCUGAGGCAAUCGAGGAUGAAGAGUGUGAUGAGGGUAGGGGCUAUUUGAAAGCUUUUAUUUCUUGCAUAUUUCUUUCAUUCGUUCAUUCGUGUAUAUUGGGGUUGGAGUCGGUAUAUAUAUCAAGCCUACGCAUAUGACAAUUCAAUAAUGUGCUUUUAUUCUCUUACAAUAUAUAGUAAUAGAAACAUUACUGUUUGAUA